GCCACAGCAUUAUCUUUGCGUAUUACCUUAAUUGUAAACAAUCAUAGUUGUCUAAUGAUGCUUGUUUUUAGUUGUAAUGUCAUACGGUGAAGUUUAUUUUUAUUUUGUGGAUCAUGUGGAAGUGCCAUAAAUGUGGAAAACCCGUGUACUUUGCUGAACGGAAGCAGUCAUUGGGAUAUGACUGGCAUCCAGAGUGCCUGAGAUGUGAAGAAUGUGGCAAGCGUUUAAAUCCAGGUCAGCAUGCUGAGCAUAAAGGAGUACCAUACUGCCAUGUGCCCUGUUAUGGAGCUUUAUUUGGACCACAACUCUUUGGGCAUGGAACUCGUGUGGAAUCUCAUACAAGUUUUGGAAAGGUAGAGAAUCGAUCUGGUGGACCAAAUCUACCCAGGUCACACAUAGAAUCCAAAUUGAAAAUAUUUAAUCAAUUUUAUGACGGAAAAAGUGGUGAAAUAAGAAGUAGAGAGGUAAAUGGUCGACUUGUUUUAGAAGGUGCCCUGCGAAUACAUUGGGGAGUGUUAGGAAUGAUUCAUCUCAAGGAAGAUGAUGAUCAGCGCACUGUUGUAACUAUAAGGAAACGUAAUUCUUGCCGAAGUGAUGGUUUUAAUGGAGUUGAUUUUGAGGUGGACUUUGAAAGUUUUGAUGAUGAUAUUUACAAUCAUUUGGCUGAUGUGACAGAUGAGAACAAAGAACAAGAAACAUCCUGUGAUGAACUGUCAUCCCCUGACAGUAGUAAUGCAAAUCAUGAAUUAAAACAUGGUGCUCAAACUUUACCACCAAAACUUGAUGUCAAACAAAUUGAUUGGGAUGAGCUUGAUGACCUCCUGCAGGUGGAGCGGAAAAGAGAUGAGUCUGAGAAGAUAUAUCAAACAAUGCCAGUCAGUCUCCCAAGUGUUUCUACACAGUCAAGUGUAGAUUUCUCAGAUGAAACAACACAUGGGAACACAUUCUCUACACAGUCCAGUGUUGACACAGUUGACAGCUUCACUAGUGAAGAAACAGGAUCCGCAACAGAUUCCGCAGGUGUAGACAGCACAGCUGCUACUCGUGGUAGCAACAGCAGCCAUACUAACAGUGGUGAUGGUGAUGCAAAUGGAGAUCGAUCCAGUUUAGAUAAGAUACCAGCAGACCUUGCAAGUCUGGAUAAGUUUCCUAGCCUUGAAAAAAAUCUGAACAGGUCUAUGAGUGGUCCAGACUGUCUGGAAAGACAUUGGGAUCAGGGAUGUAAAAUGGAUGCAACCACACCAGUAAUUCCUGAAGCAAGUAAUGAUGAUGUUUUUAGCAGUUCAGGUGGAGACGCUAAAAAUCAGAGUGAAAGUGGCCCUGAUGUUGUCUUAAGAAGAGCAGCUAAAACAGGAUCAACAGCAAUCCGGCGCCGUCCGGGAAUGCGAUCCCGCACUAAAUUGAAGAGAAGGUGCUCAAUUAAUGGCCACUUCUACAACCGAGAAACAAGCUUUUUCACUCCACCUCAUGGCAGCCAAAUGAGUGUCUGGGUCACAUCUCUUGUUAAUACACAGGAAGUUAUUAAUUUGUUACUCGAGAAAUACAAAGUGGAUAGCAAGCCAAGUAAUUUUGCACUCUUUGUAGUCAGAGAUAAUGGUGAAAGGCGACGUUUACGUGAAGAUGAAUACCCUUUGUUGGUACGAGUUAUGUUGGGUCCACAUGAAGAUGUUGCAAAGCUGUUUUUAAUGGAUAAACAGAAUACAGAAGAAAUCAGCAAUGAAGUGGCUCAGUUUCUAAAUCUCAGCAUUACAGAAUGCCGUGCUAUUCUUAUGCGUUAUCAGGAAGAGGAAGAGCGAGAAACAAAACGCAUCAAAGCUAAAUAUCGGGAGAUGCGUAGACGAAUAAGGCAAAGAAUGGAUGAUCUUAAGGUAAGGUUAUGAUAUUUUGAUUUUUCUUUCUUGGUUUGGACUGGGUGGAUAGCAGCUGUGAGGAAGAUCUGCACAUAUACUCCACUUUGCUGCAAGUUUAUUUUUUCUGUGUAAAUUGUUGUUAAAAAGUCAGCAAUAUAGUAGAACUAAAUGAAGAAAUGUACUGUUAGGUGUGCUUGGUUUGAAAUAAGUGCUAUCUGCAAGCUGAACACUGUGUUAGUUUUGAGUGGCUUGUAACUUCAGUAGAAAAUUUGUGAAACCUCUCUGCAACAGAAAGCAAUGUCAGCAUAUAGUGUCAUGCUUCCACAGUGCAAUAGUUUUGGCUCUGGAAGCUGUUCUGUGUGGUGUAUUACUGAUUACAAUAAGUUUGUAUUAGUGUUUGAAGUAACUUGAUGAGGUCAGAUUAUGUUAUUUUCUGAUAGAUCUGCAUGUAUUGAAGUGUUAUGUAAGUAUUCUAUGAGAUAUUGAUUAAUUACUUGUAAUGCUUUAUGUAACCUGCAUUUGAAGCUGGAUUUAUAUGUAAGGCAGCAUUCUACUCAGUUCUGCAUAUUAGGAGCAAAUGAUUAUUAAUUAACUAAUGUAACAUAACUAAUACCAUCUGAGAAGAAAAAAAAGUAACAUUGCUCUGACAGUUUUAGUUUUAUGGGCACAUGAGUAUUUCUGUAACUGUUUUCUUUGGUUGCAGUCAUGUGUGAAGAAGUGGGUAAAAGGCAUCAUUUUCGUGUACAGAAACAUUAUUUCACUCCCAGAUCUGUGAUGUAAGCGAAUUACCUUACAUCCUUCAUUUACUUACAUUUACUUAUGUUGUACUACCAAAAAUGUUUGAUGGACACAAAGCAAUUAGGAGAUUAUUUGCCCUUUGCAUGUAGUUAAAUUUCUCAUGAUGUAAGGGAAGGAGGUGAGAGUUGGACUCAUAAAUUAUUAGAUACACACACUCCUCAGAAAGUCCGCAGCUCAUGGUCUAGGCGAGUGUUGCUGCCUCUGGAUCACGGGGUCUCAGGUCUGAUUCCCGGCCGGGUUGGUUGGUUUUCCCUGCCCAGGGACUGGGUGUUUGUGUUGUCCUCAUCAUUUCAAUUGGGACUUUGUAGUUGAGUGGCCUACAAACCAAACAUUGUUGUUGUUGUCAUCAUCAUCAUCAUCAUCAUCAUCAUCAACCCCCCCCCCCCCCCCCCCUCUCCCUCCUUUUCCUCUCUUCGCAGAAGUCACUAUACCCCAUGUUCUUUCAUCAAGUAAGUCUUGGCAUUAGGAUGCUUCUUGUAACAUAGAACAUUUGAAAAUAUUUUCAGCAGUACAAGUCUUACAUUUUUCAAACACUUUUUGUGAAACACUACCUCAUAAUUAAAUGCAGAUGCUUUCAUUUAUAAAUGAGAUUUUACUUUUAGCAUGAACACUUGCAGCACAACAAGCAUUGCACUAACAAUGGAAUAUGUUUUCCUACUUCAGAGCCAACUGAAAUUAUGUAGGUAGUUAACCUAUGACUGUGUCAAUGGUGUUUUGUGAGAUAUAUGGUGGAGUACGUUUGGAGGAGUGGCUGUUUAUUAUUUCUUAAGCAUCUUCUUUACAAACAAGAAAUAAAGACCUGCAAGAUUUAAUGAUUAAUAGUGAAAAUCUUACAUACUCUGCCUGUUAGUACUAAAAUCACUUUCUUUAUGUGUCAGUUACUACCUUUGUAUUUUGCUUGUGUCUGGUCAUGAUGCCAUAUUCUGUUUUUUUUUAGUGCUUAUUUAUUUUCUUAUACACUUCUUAUUUUCUUACACUAUUGAAACUAACAAGAAGCUCUUAACACAGUUUGUUAGGAAUGAGAGUACAGGAUACGUACACUCAUAAAAUGGACCUUUUCACUGUUUCUACGCAGAGUUAGUCAUGGAAUUAGUGCUGUUUGGUCAUUUUGUCACAUGUCUUAUUUGUAUGUCACAACUCUAUAUAUUUGUAGUGUAAGAUGAAUAAAAACAUAAAGGAUUUAAGAUACGGUUUUAGGUAAAGACUGUUCUGAGCAUUGUGCUGACAGAUUUUGGUCUCUAGUAAUAUGGAGGGAAAUGUGUUACACUAUUUAAAAAAGUUGCCCAAAUAGCUAUCUUUGCUUUCAUAUACAUUUGUACCCAUACCAGAAGAACAUGUGUUUGUCAACAGAGAUGAUGCAGGCAUUUCUGUAUUUGAAAAAGACAUUUUUAUAUUUUCUUUUUUAAAUUUAUUCAUUGUAAUGACUGGGCAAAAGGAUUAUCAGACCUAGAGCAUUACUUUGAUAAAUUAUAAAUUCACGCGAUUAAACUUUUUUUUAAGUACUGUACCAUAUUGUGUGCAGAUAACACCACAUGUUUCAUCUAACUGUUGUAAUGAUGAUUGUUCACUUUGCCAGGGGUUGUAUGUUCUUGCUACCCUGUGAGAUGUUCAUGUGCAGCAAUCAGAUCAGACCACAUUUCCAACAAGCUUUUCACCAUAUUAACAAGAAAUGGUUUAUCAGGGCUCCAAAAUGGUUUUCAUGGUUUAAUCUACCAAGGAUAAGUACUGGAAAAAAGAUUGGCAAUAAUACUCUUUUUGUGGUGAAUCAUUAACUGAAAUUUUACGUCAUAGAAUAUGAGAUAAUCACACUUCAUAUUUCAAUAUAAACUGCACGUUCAUCUUUGCCCAAGACUUCUAUAGAAGGUGUGUUUCUUGGUACAUUAAUAUUUCACAUGCAAAUAAAUUUAUUACAUGACUGGAAACCGACUAGAAUGCUGCUGAAUAGUUUUUGACUUUAUGGAUUUAGAAUUGCACACUAUUUUGAAUCUUUUUUCAGUACUAGUGGAAAUAUACUAAGAUUUAUGUUGGAGGCUAUCUGAAAGAAAAAGAAAUAUUAUUUGAGACAAUAUUAAAUUUUCUUAUGAAGAAAUACUAAUUGAAAAUUGGUUAAUAAUAUCAUUAAUAUUGUCAUUAAUUUCAUUGAAAAGCCUCUAUUUAUUGCAAGUUAGUCUCUUUUAUAUGUAGUACAAUGUUUUAUAUUGUAUGGUCAAAGAUGAAACUGCAGAUCUCACUGUCAUGGGAACUGUCAAUUCAGCUUUUUUGUAUUUUUGGAUAGUAAUUCCAGUCAUCUAGUAGUGUAUAGUUACAAGUCUGUAAGGCUUAGCUGAAAUACUUAGUUCCUUUCAUAUAAUAAUAAGUAAUAAUUAUUUGCAUACAUUUUUGAGCUGUUUGUGCAUUAUCUGUUUUUGAGAUAUAUACGGUUUUCAUAUGUUAUUGUUAUGUUAGGGGCAUGUUUUAGACAGGCCAUUUGUUAAUACUCUGGGCUGUUUGUUAAAAACUCCUUCAGCCAUCAGAAGAAAUAAACAUUUUUGUGUAUCUCUUUCUGUUUCAAAUGGUGCUGUGUGUGUAUAUGUCGAGAUAGUUAAUAUUCCUUUUCUUUUUCAAAGUAUAACUUUUCGAUGUCUAAUAAGACACCAGAAAGUCCUGAGUGUAAUGCAAAGAAUGGAAGGGGUAAAUGUAACCACUCACUAUAUAUUGGAGACCGUGAGCAGUUGAGUUGCUAGGCACACUUGCAGAGAGAGUUGCCUGAGCACUGGAUUUUUACAUCUGUGUGUGUGUGUGUGUGUGUGUGUGUGUGUGUGUGUCAGUAGAAAGAGCAUUAUCUGGAAGCUUUCAAUUUUAUUUAUGUCUGCUGCUCAACACUUCAGCGACACAGUGAGUGGUUACCUUUAUUUUUAGAUGUAUCAUUCAUUUAUUUUCUCCUGAUAGAGAGAGAGAGAGAGAGAGAGAGAGAGAGAGAGAGAGAGAGAGAGAGAGAGUGCACAUGUUAUAAUAACAAUAAAAUAAUAGAUAAAAUUUGUAAAAGGACCAUUGUGUGUUAAAAAUAGGAUGCUUGCAGAGGAUAAUGUAGAGUGUAAUGUGCAUAUAUGAAAGCAUCAUUUUACAGAAAUAUUUUAUUUCACUUAAUUUUUGAUACUGAAGCAUACAUGCUGUUGUUGUUUGAAGCAUUAAAUCAUUAAUGAUAAAACAUUUGAAAAUAACUGAAAAGUCUAAGAUCUUGUUGAAACUUCAAAUUUUUGAUUGACCUGUUAUGGAUACUAACAUACAUCACAUAUAUUUUAGAGACUUGUAAUUUCACUUACAAUGAAAAUUUAAAUUUUUAUGUAAAGCAGGGACCUUUUGCAUUUACCUUGUCUUACAGCAUUUCAUGGGACAGUGAAAGAUUGGGGUGUAGAAACAGUUAUUCUGUUUUGUGUGUCACCAUACACUCCCCAUUACAGCUAAAUCAUUAUGUAUAUGGUUGAAGUACACACAUUGAAGUAUCACUUGUUACAGGACUGUAAUACUGCUGUUGAUAUAUAUGGGCGAAGAACUGUUAGUUCAAAAGAAUGAAAAAGAGUAAACUUUUUGACAGUCAUGAAACAGUUUUUUAUGAUUGACAAAUAAAAUAAAAUCUGGAUAUUAAUUAAGCUUUAAUAUACAUUUAAAACAGAUUGCUGUGAGAAGCAAAUUUUGCAUUUCAUUUAUAGAGCUAGAAGUGACGUAAUAAUAUUGUCAUACUUUCAAAUUUUCAGUGUAAGUGAAAACAGUUAUUUGUUAAUAUAUCUCAGACAGAAGAAGAAAUGUCUGGUUCAAAGCAACAUAAUACUAAAGUAAUUGCAUUUUGUACCUUGCAGUUAUGUUAACAUUUGUAGAAGCCUGUUAUCUGUUGAGUAACUGACUGAUGCAAUGACUUAAGUGUGAAUGAGAUGACUAUUUCUCAUCUGUUGUGUUGUGUGCUGGAUUAUUGUACAGCAGCAGGAUCUGUUUGAAUUACGAUUGUGCUGCUUCACUUGUUUCUGAAAUCACACGAUUGCAUUUAGCAUAAAGGAACUGGAUGGUGUGUGCUGGAAUCAUGGACUGAAGUUGUUAAUUAUAUUAAUGUAGGAAUGAAGGAAAUAAGAGUGUGUGCGUGGUUUGUCACAUUUCACUGUUUUUGUUUUUGUAAGAGGUACAGUACUGAUUACUAACAAAUAUGCGGUACAACAAAUUCAGUACAUGGAAUUGAAUCUCUGUUUAAUCGUGCAAGUAUAUUAAGUGUAAUACCUUGCAUAUGAAGUUUACAGUGACAGCUGUGAUUUGUUUUGAAAUACAUGUGCUAUUGAAGGAAUAAUGUGGACUGUUAUUAGUGAGUAAUCAAUUUACAGCCUAUUGUGUUCUGUAGCAUAUGGAAUGUGCUUUUGUCUGUAGUAUUAGAAAACUGAAUGGUCGCAUAUAGAAUUCUUUGUGCUGUUACUUCAAUAAAUGUGUGUCAUAUUUUGAAUGAAAAUAUCUAAUCUAUUUAGUUUGUUCCCUUGGUUAGAUAUCUUACAACAUAGCCUGAUAAAAUUAAGAGAGAAGAGUUUUUUCCCCAGGGUCUUAUUUACAGGGGAUAAAUAACUUGCUUUUCUCUCUGUAAAAUUGUUUCAGUGGUAUUUAAAUUUAUGUAAAUGAAGCAAAGGCACCCACUCACCUAUAGCUCUGAGUGAUGUGUCACACAUAGGAACGUACAACAGAAAACAGUAUUUUCACUAACUUUGGAGCUUUUGCUCUUUCUCUACCAUGCAGACAUCCAAACAUUGCCAGACUGCGUGUUUCUGUGUACCACACAUCAAUCAGGUGAGUGGUUGUUUUUCCUUUAUUUUAAGUCUUAUUUCAUUCAGGAAUUUCCAUUGAAUUUUUGUUUUUGAUGUACAUAAUUGUAAACAAUUUCGUCUUUGUGAAUUAUGAAAGUAAUGUGGAUUAAUUAUUUUGUGUGGUAUUUACUAAGAUAUAGAUUGAUGUAUGUUGUAACCAAAUAUAUCUUGCAAUUAUCUGUUUUUAUUAUAAAUCAUCUGUCUGCCAUUCCAUUUCUAUGAUAGACUUUUCUGUAUGAAAGUAAAGCAAGAAUUGCACUGCCAGCCAAACUGCAGUUUUCUAAGAAAAAUGUAAUCGUUGUACAAAUCUGUUGAGUUACGUAUUAAAGAAACAACGUGCCCAUGACUGCAUAAAAAACUUUA